GUGAUCCUCCAUCACAAUGGCAGUGAUGGGGGUGCAGCUUGUGUUCUCCUUGUUCGUGGCCAGCAUCUUUCAGAAGAUGACGCCCCACUGGUCCUUCGCCCGAUGGCUCCUUUGCAAUGGAAGCUUGCACCGCUAUAAACAUCCAUCAGAAGAGGAGCUGCUUGCUCUUGCAGGGAAACAGAAGCCGAAGGGUAAGCGGGACAGGAGGAUCAACGGGGUGACCGAUGGGAAACCUUUGUCUGUUCCCCGAGAUAUUGAUUUGCGACUGGACAGUAGCCCUAUCAGGACUGUGGAUGCUCUGGUUCUGUGCUAUUUCCUGGAAUAUCAGUGGUAUGUGGACUUCGCAGGGUAUUCUACUCUGGUCUACCUUUUCACUGAAGGUUACUAUUGCCUAGUUGAUCCCCAGAAAGAAGCCAACAUUGGAAUCCUCUGGUGCCUGCUGACAGCCAUAUUCUCAGUCAAAAAUUUUUUCAUGGUGAUGCGUCAUUAUUUCCGCUCCAAGGAGGGGGGUGAGCGCUCUGUGUGCCUGGCCUUUGCCUUCCUCUUCCUUCUGAUUGCCAUGGUGGUCCUAGUAGUCCGGGAAGAUUACCUCGAAUUUGGCCUCAAUGCAGGGCUAACCAAUGUCCAUGACAAUUUGGAGGUCUUCUUAAAGGAACAAGGAUGGGAAUGGACGAUCCCUGUGACUAAGCUGACAAUUAAACUGGGCCUCGUGGGCCUCUGCUCGUUCAUUGGUGCCUGCUUGACUUUCCCGGGCCUACGGCUGGCACAGACUCAGUUGGAUGCGCUCAAGAUGGUGGCCAACCAGCCAAAGAUCCAACUCCUCCUGCAUGCCAGUUUUCUUGCCCCUGUGAUCGUGAUACUGAUGUGGGUCAAGCCCAUUUCCCGAGACCUCUUGCUGCAUGCCCCCAUGGGCAAGGAGACCGUCCAGAUCAUGUCAGACACCACCUACAAUUCUGUACGCCUCUGGACAAUUGUAGUGCUCUGUGUCCUCCGCCUGGCUGUCACCCGCUACCAUCUCCAGGCGUAUCUGAAUCUGGCUGAGCGCUGGGUGGAGCAAAUGAAGCGGGAGGCUGGCCGGAUUGCCGUGCUGGAGAUUCAGCGGAAGAUCACCAGAAUCUACUGCUACGUAACCGUUGUCGGCCUGCAGUACCUGGCUCCAAUAUUUCUCACCCUGCAUUGCACACUCCUCCUCAAAACUCUUGGUGAAUAUUCCUGGGGCCUGUAUCCUGAGCCUGCACUGACGUCUCCAGCAGUGGAUGCCAUUCCAGUUCUCCAGGCCACCUCCUCUGAUGAUCCUGGGAAAGAAGAUAUCCAGGCUGUAGCAGAACAGAUCACGGCAGCUCUUGCUGCCUUGGGCACCAUCUUCACUCCUCUUUUCUACCGGGGGCUCUUCUCUUUCUGCAUCUGGUGGAUUGCGGCCUGUCAAGUCAUUUCCACCUUCUUUGGCCUCUAUUUCCAUCAGCACUUGGCUGUGUCCUAAGCGAGAAGAUCUCCUUCUGCUCUCAGGGCGGGACAACCUUUUGGGUGCAGACUGCGUUUAGGGCCAGAAUAUGGACUUCCCUUGAGGGAUGACAGAUUAUGACAGCCACGUUGUCAUCCUUUACAGUGGGAGGAAAGAUUUUCCUGUGACAUUUCUUAGAAGAAGCCAGCUGGAUUCAAAUACUACUUUUAGAGACAACUCACAAUUGACUGGAUUCACAUCUUCCACACUAUCCCCGAAGGGGUAAAAAGUGAGUGUCCUGGUCAGCUUCAAUUAAA